GUGACGGUGUCGCUGCCCCUUCCCGGCGCGGCCUCUCCUCCCUGCGCCACAGCCGCCGCCGCAGCCGGCGGGCGCAGGAAGGCGGCCGAGGCGAUCGCCAUGGCGCUGCCGGUGCUGUCGAGCUCGGGGGUGAAAUUCCGGCGGGUCCUGGCGCACUUCCCCCAGGAGCUCAGCCUGGGCUUCGCCUACGGCUCUGGCGUCUUUCGGCAGGCGGGGCCCUCGGCCGGGCACAGCGAGAACAAUAUGCUGGACUUCGUAUUUGCAGUUGAUGAUUCUGUGACCUGGCAUAUGAUGAACUUAUUAAAGAACAAGAGUCAUUAUUCCUUCCUAAAAGUUUUUGGGCCAAAACAGAUAAGUAAUAUACAGAGCUAUGGAGCAGGGAUUUACUACAAUACUUUAGUGCCAUGUAAUGGUAGGAAUUUCUGGAGUUGGCUGCCUUGCUUUGAUGAUAAUCUUUGGAAACUCAGGAUGUGCAAACUGAUGAUAAAAUAUGGUGUAAUUAGCACCGAUGCCCUGAUUGAUGAUUUACUUCACUGGAGAACCCUCUAUGUUGCUGGACGCCUACAAAAGCCGAUUGAUAAAAGCCCGGAAGGUCAAUUCACACAACUCAUGGCUUUGCCAAAGAAUCUGCAACAAAAGAUAACUUCUCUGGUAGACCCUCCUGGAAAAAACAGAGACGUGGAAGAAAUUUUACUGCAAGUUGCCCAUGACCCUGAUUGUGGAUUAGUGGUGCAUCAAGGCAUUUCAGGAAUUGUGAGAUCUUCCAGUAUAGUGCAAAGUGCUAAAACCAUACUAACAGCCGUUCUGCCAGAACCUGGCUGAAACUGAGGAACUGAAUUCAGGAUUAAUCUCUUCAGGUUACUCGAAGACUAUAUGCUGAGGGAGACGAGUUAAAACUGGUCCUUCUUCAAAUCUGGCAUUUCCUAGCUCCUGAACGUUGUUUAAUGAAUGUAGAGGUAGCCUUCCUGAGCACUGCUGUGCAGACCACCCUGGCUGGAGAAGGGGUGUCCUGCUCCCCUGGUUAGCAUCAAUCAGAAGCGUCUGUAAUGGGUGCAGCUGCACCCGAAACGGGUAUUUCUUCCUUUCUGCUACUUUCCCGAGCAGCCUGCAGGGCGGCCUUACCAGAACCUCAUCAGUUUCAUAUACUGAAGAUGGACAGAAUCACAGAAGUAGUAGUUAUGUAAAUAAAACUCUAAAUUUUAGUGCAUGUUAAUGAAGAAAUAAAAUGUAACUGACCAAGUUUGUGAUGUCAUUUUUUCAUACUGAAGGUUUUUAUCAUCUUCAGUGAUUUUUCCCAGGAAUUCAGGUUUCCAUUUGUUUGGGCUUAGUUAGCCUAGAGGUGGAAGCCUUUUGCUUUGGGGUGUUUUGUUUUGUUUUUUUAAUAUUUCUCUCCAGACUUUCAUGAUUGAGUCUGUCUGAAGUCUUGCUGUAUCUUCAAAUGAAGAUCUCUCAGUCGCGGUUUCUUAAUUUAAAACACUUGUCGCUAGGGGGCAGGCGUUAAUGCUGUUCACGUUGCUUCGCCCUUUGUUGGGGCUUCUAUCAGCUACCACUCAUGUAGGUACACACUGUACACAGACAAAACAGUGUGGCUUCUAUGUAGAAAGUAUUUCUUUGACUCAUGGAAGAAGUGUGUAUCAUAGGAAGGUGUUCAGCUAUUACAUUUAAUCUCUAGGGAUGCUGCAUUUCUUUCUUCAUUCUUUAACCAAAUCUUGUCUAAUGUUCUGUUCCCCUGAGAACUAUUUUUACACUGCCUCGUAGAGACUUCAUGAGAAGUAAUGUGGUUCUUCAUUUUUUUAUUCAUCUGCUCUGUUCUUUUGUAAUGCUUAUGUUAAGAAUACUAGCUAAGAUGCAAGAGAAUUAUGAAAGGAUCGUGAAAUCAGUGCUUCCAUUAAAUAAGCUCUGCCUAUUUUUUUCUUUCUGUUCCUGGUAACUAUAUAAGUACUUUUGUCCUAUGUAUGCAUGUGAAAGAACUAAUUUUCAAUCUGUGGCCAUUUUUUUUUUUGAAAUGUUUAGAGGGACACAAAAUUAUCUCCUUAACUGAUUCUUUUAUCUUAAAAACAGCAAA